UGCUCUACAGUCAGAGUAAAGAUCAACACAGAGCUGAGGUUCCUCUUUCAUCUGCUCAUGUAAACUGAGCUUCUGCAGACUCAGCACUCUGAUCAUGACCAGACGACUGCUGCUGGUGUCCAACUCCACACUGUAUGGAGGAGGAUAUCUCCAACAUUGUCAAGAGAACAUUGCUGAUUUCUUUGGAAAACAGGUGAAGAGGAUCCUGUUCGUCCCAUACGCUCUACAUGACCGGGACCAGUACACCAAGACGGCCAGAGACAAGCUGAACAGUCUGGGUUAUGAAGUGGACAGUGUUCACGAGGCUGCAGACCCUGUCGAGGCUGUGCGUAAAGCUGAGGCCAUAUUCAUUGGUGGAGGAAACACAUUCCGCCUGCUCAAAGCCCUCUAUGAUAACAACCUGGUGACUGAAAUUAGAAAAAGAGUGCUUCAGGAUGGAAUUCCAUAUAUGGGGUCGAGUGCCGGCACUAACGUGGCUACAGUUAGCAUUAACACCACUAAUGACAUGCCCAUCGUUUAUCCCUCCAGCUUCUCCGCCAUCGGCCUCGUCCCAUUCAAUAUCAACCCACACUACCUGGAUUCCGACUGUAACAGCAGGCACAUGGGGGAAACACGUGAGCAGAGAAUCACUCAGUAUCAUGAGGAGCCUAGCACGCCAUGUGUGCUGGGUCUGAGAGAAGGAUCCAUGCUGCUGGUGGAAGGAAACACAGCCACAUUACUCGGCACCACCAGUGCUCGACUCUUCCAGAGGGGAAAGCAGACGAGUGAACAUGAACCUGGCAGCGAUCUGAGCUUCUUACUGACUGAUCCACAGUAACAGAGACCAAGACAGUCAUCAACACCUCAGAGAAUUACUGAGACUGUGUGAAUCCCUCUAAUGAUCUAACAGUAAACUGAAGACGUUUGAUUUUUAAUAUUAUCUAAACUGAUAUUUUUCUGAAUGUUCUGGUGUGAAUUGCGACACUUUACACGAGCAUCAGUUCUGCAGGAAGGAAUAGUGACCAUGAAGUCUUUAUGACACUUUAUAACACUGCAGCUUCUGAAGUGUUAUACAAGCCAUGAUGGAGGCGGAACUUGUAGCACUUUCGAUGCGAUUAAAUCCUGUAUUAAUUACUCUAUAGACUUGAAUCAGAUCCUGAGAUUAAAGCCGACGUUCACAAAA